AUGACGCCGAACACAAGAUCAUUGGUGAAUGCUGCAUCAGGAGGGUCCUUAAAAACAAAAACUCCAGAGGAAGCCUUAGAAUUACUAGAGUCUCUAGCCUCUCAGGAGUAUGAUAAUGCUCCAGUACCACAGAGAAGAGCGGGGAUUAUGAAGCUUGAUGGCUAUGAUGCCAUCUUAGCUCAGAAUGAACAGAUUUUACAAAUUAACAAGAAACAACAAGAACAACUAGAUGCUCUCACAAAGCAAUUUACCAGUUCUCAAGUCUCUUCUGUUAAUGAUAUUCAAAUAACUUGUGGUAUUUGUGCAGGUGCUCACGCUACUGAAGACUGCAAGGCACCCGAAACUGCAGAUGUUAAUGGAAUUUGGCAUGAUCAGAAAGUUCCAUAUAACCCAGGGAGGAACCAAUACGGCAAUAACCAGAAUCAAGGGUGGAGAAAUAAAAAUCAACAUCCAGGAUUCAGUUAUAGCUCGAACCAUCAACUGAAUCCUCCUAUGCCAGUGCAACAACAACCUCCACAACAAUCAGAAUGGGAGAAGGCCUUUGCACAACUAUCCAAGACCACUGCAGAUUACAUUCAAAGUUCCAAUAAUUUCAGAGAGGACACUUCAGCCUUUAUGCAAGAGACAAGGGCCUCAUUCCGGAAUCAAGAAGCUUCUAUCCGGAAUCUUGAAACUCAGAUUGGCCAGCUAUCAAAGCAGUUCACUGAAAGAGUUCAAGGAACUUUUCCAGGAAACACUAUUCCAAAUCCAAGUAGGGAACACUGCAAUGUGAUUACUACUGUGAGUGAGAAAGCCAUUGAACCUGUGAGGUUCAGAGAGGAAAUCAAAAAGCAGCAGUAUUCCAAAUUCCUUGACAUUUUCAAGAAGCUGCAAAUCAAUAUCCCGUUUACUGAGGCCUUGGAGAACAUGCCCAAUUACGCAAAGUUCAUGAAAGAUCUUCUAUCACGAAAGCGUAAGCUACAAGAAUGUGAGACGGUGACGCUGACAGAGGAAUGCAGUGCCAUUAUCCAGAAAAAGUUGCCUCCAAAGUUUAAAGAUCCAGGAAGAUUCAGCAUUUCAUGCAACAUAGGCAAUAUGGAAGUGAAAAAUGUUCUAUGUGAUCUCGGUGCCAGCAUCAAUGUGAUGCCACUAUUUAUGAUGAAGAAACUGGGGAUCACUGAA